AUGGGGUUGACUAUUAGUGAUAAGGUCGAGUUGGAUACUUACCAACUCAAGGACGUUGCGCAAACUUAUUACAUCCAGUGGAGAGACAAUAGGCCUUUAAGGGAUGGUUCAGUGACAUGGGAGAUUUUCAAGAAGGCCUUUAUCGAUAGAUUCUUUCCAUGGGAAAAGAGGGAUGUUAAGGUGAAAGAAUUUAUCAACUUUCGUCAAGGAGUUUCUGACCCAACGAAUAAGAUGAGAGAUUUUCUAACGGGAGUAUCCGAUGACUCAAAAGAAGAAUGUCAUUCGUCUACGUUACCUGAUAAUAUGAACAUUUCUCGUUUCAUGGUUCAUGCUGAACAAGUGGAGGAGACAAGGGAAAAGCCUAGGUUCAAAAAGAUGUUUUCUAAUCAAGUCCCUUCCAAUUUCCCUAAGGCUCGUGAUAAUAGGGUGUCUAAUCCAAAUCCUAAAGAGGGAACGAGUACUAAUUCACCAACCAAGAAACUACCUUGUGAAAAUUGUGGUAAGAAGCAUUACGGUGAUAGCCCAAUUAGGAUAGACAAUUUCUUUAGUUAUGGUAAGAGUUGGCACAAUGUGAAGGAUUGCCCAAACUUUAAGGUUCAAGACAAGGGUAGUGGGAAAGAUCAAGCAAGUGGUUUGAAUGUGGAUGUGCCAAAGAAGAAUCCCUUUUAG